CAAUCGUGUCUUAGAGCUCUGCUGAGGCUUUGAUGAUUUGUUCUGGCAAAGGACUGGUUGUUCUUUCCUGGGCUUCUCAUGCUGGAGGUCGUUCGAGUCAAGUAGUUUUGAAGGAAAAAAGUCUUUGUCUAGCCCUGUAAUUUUUUAUUUUUUAUUUAAUCUAAGUCGUAUUUAAAUAUGUUUUCCCGUGUAGCUAGACCCGUUCUUGGAUUUGGCAGGAGUCUUUCUACCACACCUCCGAGUAAUGCCAGAGUGGCAGUGUUGGGUGCUUCAGGUGGAAUUGGCCAGCCCCUUUCCCUUCUACUGAAGAAUAGCCCAGUGGUGAGCCAUCUUGCCUUGUAUGAUAUUGCUCAUACACCUGGUGUUGCCGCAGACUUGAGUCAUAUAGAAACCAGAGCUAAAGUUACAGGGCAUAUUGGAGCAGAACAGCUACCAGAGGCUGUAAAGGGCUGUGACGUAGUAGUUAUUCCUGCUGGAGUACCCAGAAAACCUGGUAUGACUCGUGAUGACCUUUUCAACACCAAUGCUACAAUUGUAGCCAACCUUACAGAAGCAUGUGCUCGUCACAGUCCAACAGCCAUGAUCUGCAUAAUCUCCAACCCAGGCCUUGAUCCAGCUCGUGUGAAUGUUCCUGUUAUUGGAGGCCAUGCUGGAAAGACCAUCAUACCUGUCGUGUCUCAGUGCACUCCAAAAGUGGAAUUUCCACAAGAUCAGUUGGAAGCGCUGACUGGCAGGAUACAGGAAGCUGGUACGGAAGUUGUCAAGGCAAAAGCAGGAGCAGGAUCUGCUACAUUGUCUAUGGCCUAUGCAGGUGCCAGAUUUGUCUUCUCUCUCUUGGACGCAAUGAAUGGCAAAGAAGGUGUUGUUGAAUGUUCUUUUGUGAGAUCUGAAGAAACUGAAUGCCCAUAUUUUUCUACACCUCUUCUCCUUGGGAAAAACGGAAUUGAAAAGAAUCUAGGAGUUGGAAAGCUGUCAGCCUUUGAAGAGAAGAUGGUUGCGGAAGCCAUGACUGAGUUGAAGGCCUCUAUCAAGAAGGGGGAGGAAUUUGUAAAGAACAUGAAAUGAACAUUCAUUGUCUAAAAAUUAGGCAAUUAUUUAUACAGAAAUGUUACCAAGAACUGCAGACUGCCAACUAUGGGUGUUUCAGUGACCAGGGAACAUGACUGCCUCCAUGCAUACCAGCUGUUUGGCACAUGAUUAAUAUGCUUAAAUGCCAUUAAAGAAAUUUUAUGUGUUUAA